AUGUUGAAACUGCACAACAUGCUGCCCUUCAGAUCACAAUCCAUUGGCCUGGCUCUGUUGAGCCUGAGUGUCGCCGCGUUCGCAGACGGCCUCACGCAGACGUACUGCUCCACGCAGAACACUGGGUCCGACUUCAGUGCUGUGAACAAUAUAUACCAGUCCAAUGGCGCCUGCUACACCGCAUGUAACGACCAGCAGUACGCUUUUGCCAUUGUGCAAUGGCAGAACUGCUGGUGCUCGAACUACAUCCCGGCUUCGCAAGACGACACGAGUAAUUGCAGCGAAAACUGCCCUGGAUAUCCCCAAGAACAAUGUGGUAAUCAAGACGGUGGCUAUUACGGCUACGUAGCGCUCCCUCGCGCUGCAUCAGGAACUGCUGGGGCAUCAAGUGCGAGCAGCACACCACAGCCGGUGAGUACAAGACGAAGCGACCCGACUCCUGUCACCAGCGUUAUCAUGACAACGAUUUCUGGAUCGAUCGUAACACAAACUGUCACGAGCACACCGGUCGUUGCAUCAGGCUCUCACUCAGACCAAAUCCCUCUCGAGCAACAGCACAGCGGACUUGGAUCAGGUGCCAUUGCUGGCAUCGUCAUUGGCACACUCGCCGGUGUUGCUCUCCUCCUGGCAGCCGCGUUCUUCCUCUGGCGACGAAAGCGCAUGAGUGAUCGCGACGCCGAGAACAGCACUUCUGGUGGCUCCAAAAAGAGCAUGACGCGAAACGUCAGUGUCCUCAGCAAGGCAGGACUUCUCGCUCGCAAUCGUCCUAGCAUGGGCGAACGAGACCACGACGACUCGUUCUACGUGACACCACCGACUGGCCAGAAUAGUGUUCGACAUUCAAUGCUGUUUGCCGGCGCAGAAGGUGUCAGUCCAGUCAGCCCACUGGACAGCAGCCACUCCAAUGAUAGUGGAAAGUCUGCUCGAGUCUACGACCAACGGCUCAAUCCAUCCGCGCUCUUCGCCAACCACGAAAAUGGAAGUCGAAUCUCGAUGCAAGACCAACAGGACUACUCGCGGCCACUGGGUGUCACCAACCCGGAUCCCCGAGCAUCGUUCGACUCGCGCCUCAGCCGCGGAUAG